CUCGGUCACCCCACUCCCCCACGACCCCCACUCUCUCCCUCGUCCCUUCCCCUCACUCGUCUGGAUCUGGCUCGAGGAGGAGCCCGAUUCCGCGCUGCCUCGCGCCCCCGCCACCUGCGCCCAUCCCCAGCGCCGCCCGACUCCGUCAACGCCGUCGCCUCCUCGCCCUCGCGCCAGACUGCACCGCCCCCGCCUCUCCAUCACCGGCUCCAUUGAGCCUCGCCGCGCCCCCCCCAAGACGCCGGCGCCCGUUCCUGGCGCUGCCCCGCCGCCGCUGCGGCUCACGGCCUCGACACGCCGGGCCUCAUCGCCGUCGUCUCCCCGCCUCGCCCCCGACACCCGCGGCGCCCUGAGGCCGACGUCGCCGCGCGGAACCCCCCUGUCGCCGGACUUCCUCGUCCCUGUCGCCGUCGUCUACCUCGUCCUCUCCCUCGCCGGACCACCCCGAGCCACGCCGCCCCUCUUCCCAGCACCGAACGUGAGGACCCCCGCCGUCUCCCCCUUCCUCCUAUCAUCGCCGUGCGCGCCCGCGGACCUGGCUGUCGCCGCUCGCCGCGGUCACCCGCGCCCUCCCCUCGUGCGCUCACGAUCCCCGUCGCCCGACCCGUGCUCCCAUGCACCCCCGCGCCGCCCGCGCCCUCUCACGCUGCACAGUCGCCUGCCGCUCCGCCCCACGCACUGCGUCGCGCGCACGCACAUCACCGGUUGCGCCCGUCCGGCGUUUGCCCCGCGCCAACGGCCGUCCUAG